CAGGGAUGUGACGUCCGUUUGAACAUUGCCCACGACAACUGUCAAGGUUAAGUUUAUUUCCGACUGGUAUGCUAUAUAAGAUCAAAACAAAGCAAUGUUUACUAAAUUCAAAUCUAGGCUCACUCAAACCACAGACAAAGUUGAUGGACAGCAACAACUAGUUAAAACGUGACUAAAAGGAUGAUAGUCACUUAUUAACACUAUAUUAGUCACCCACACUUGAAAUAAGAAAAACACGAUUCCUCGACUACAAAUAGGUACAAGACUGGGAAUCUACAAGCAUCAGACAUCGUUUAUUUGAUUUUUAUAUUCGUUGCAUCAAAAGCAGCUAAUGAUGUUUCGUGUUAUAGCGGGGCUCGUUAUUCUUUUGAGUUUCGUUGAUUCCUCACUAGGGCGCAAUUUACCAUCUGACGUCAAUGAAAAAUACAAAGUCGUCUGCUACUACACGAAUUGGGCCCAAUAUCGCCCAAAUGGCGGGAAAUUCUAUCCUGAAAACAUAAAUGCGAAUCUCUGUACCCAUGUCGUAUAUGCAUUUGCUAAAAUGGUAAAUGGACGCCUGGCACCAUUUGAGUGGAACGAUGACUCGACUAGUUGGUCCAAAGGCAUGUAUCAGAGGGUUAAUGAUCUCAAGAAAAAGAAUCCAUCUUUGAAAACGCUUAUUGCUGUUGGGGGUUGGAAUAUGGGCUCAGCACCGUUUACAGCAAUGGUCGCAUCCCCGCAAUCUCGAAAAAAGUUCAUUGAUCACGCCAUCCGAUUUCUCCGUAACAGGGGAUUUGAUGGUUUAGAUAUUGACUGGGAGUACCCUGGAUCAAGAGGGAGUCCGGUUGUUGACAAGCAGCGAUUCAUUGCACUUAUCAAGGAACUUCGCGAAGCAUUCGAAGAUGAGUCGUCAACGAGUAAACACGAUCGCCUAUUAGUCACAGCCGCAGUUCCUGCUGGAAAGGGAAACAUCGACAGAGGAUAUGAUAUACCAGCAUUGACAAGGUAUUUGGAUUUUAUUAAUUUGAUGGCGUACGAUCUUCAUGGCAGCUGGGAACCAUUUACAGGACAUAACAGUCCUCUUUAUUCACGAUCUGAUGAAACUGGAAACCAGAAGAACCUCAAUCAAGCGUGGAGUGUCGAUUAUUGGUUGUCUAAAGGGGCUGAAAGAAGUAAACUGAUCCUAGGAAUGGCAUUGUAUGGAAGAUCAUUCACCCUGGCAAACAGUGCCAACUUCCAACUUGGAAAACGAACAACAGGACCCGGAACUGCAGGACAAUUUACCAGACAAGCUGGGAUUUUGUCGUAUUAUGAGAUAUGUCAGAAAGUUUCCAGUGGCUGGACCAAAAGAUGGCACGACGAACAGCGUGUUCCUUAUGCUCAUCGUGGAAAACAAUGGGUCGGCUACGAUGAUCCCCAGAGUAUCGCAGAGAAGACAGCAUAUUUGAUGCGGAACAACUUGGGAGGGGCAAUGGUUUGGGCGUUAGAUUUCGACGAUUUCCAAGGCAGAUACUGCAAUCAAGGAAAAUACCCUCUUCUCAAAAGAAUCAACUCAGUGUUGAAUGGCCAAUCUGGAGGUACUUCUACUACCAUACGACCGACACAAGGAGACAGAAGUACAACAUUCCCAGCCACUAUUGCCUCUACUAGUCACAAACCAAAUACUAGUCUUCUACCAGUAACCCCUACGCUGUCCAGGUCAUCAAAAUUGCCAUCAACCACUCAGGAGAGCACUGAAAGGCCGACUGCUCAAUCGACCAUUGAAUUGACUACUCCAUCAAUCGGGACAACCACAUCCAGAGUGCGCUUCGAAUGUCCCCGCUUCCGCCAGAGGGCACCGCUAUACCCCGAUCCAAAUAACUGUUCCAAGUAUUAUCAAUGUGUUUACAUCAGGAAUCGCUACAUUCGGUCUUUCCAUCGAAAUUGUGCACCAGGAACCGUUUUCAACCCUCGACGAAAACUUUGCGACUUUCCUCGAAAUGUUCGAGGGUGCCACUAAACAUUAAUGAUUAAUGAACUGAUUUGGAAUUGACAAUGAUGAUAUUAGUCUGGACAGAAACGAUGCACAUUUGCAGUAUUUUUUGCUUUAUACAUUUUUCUAUACCAUUUUUAUAACUUGCUUUAUAUUUGUUGUUAUGUCUC